AUGAAGCAAUUGAAAAUUGGGUGUAAUAAAGUUUAUGUGCACCCUAUCAGUGGAGAUUUACAGCAGUGCACACAAAAGCUCGGGUACUACAAUCAAACAACAUGUCCGGGAGGUACAGUCUGUGAAAGAUUUCCGAUUCUGAUACCUGGUUUUCAAGAUUACUGUUGUUGGGGAGCAGAACCAGAUGAAAAUGAAUCAUUAGUGAUGGGAUCAGGAAUAUCCGUAUGCGCAGGUAGCACGGCUGAACCGAUUAUACCUGAAACCAAUGCUGGUUCUGUGUUCAACACUGUAAAACCGGAUGAUGAAGAGUGGAUUGUGGAAACAACGCCAAGGCCGCGAACGAAACGAACCAAACGACCACGCCGAUUGAGACUCACAACUACGCCUGAAACAACUACAACACCUACAACGACAACAAUUAGACCAGUUCCUCAACGACGAGGACCACGUUGCCGGAAUCCAGACGAUUCUCCACUAAUAGACUUUGGAAAUCGACUCCGAGAUUGCUACUAUCAACUCUGUCCUUACGGUUACCGAUGUGAAUUCGCUCUUGAUAUAAGACGUUACAUAUGUUGUGGCCGAGAGCGCGACGUAGUAUUACCACCUGGGUUGCCACCACUACCUGAACCGAAGCCUCUGGUACCGAUACCAUUCCGGCCAAGACCACCACCAUUUUCUUUUAAUGAUGGCUACCAAAUGUAUCUUACAGCAAAAUCUGGUGAGUUCAGAAUUACGCUGUAA